CGCAUCGGUCGAAAUUCAGUCGCAGGCGCGCUCUCGUCUCAAUUGGACGUGAAUCCUCCAACGGCUUUCACGUGGUUUUCUUAUCACCACCAUCCCAAGUUCAGGCCGAACAACGGUGUGUGCAAAAAGUCAUAUAAAGUCCCCAAAUUAAAAUUGCAACCAAAUUUUUACACCGGCGAGGCAACAUUGUUGCGCAUUCUAGACAACAGCGGGACUAGAGGAUUCACGGUUUUCAUUUCACCAUCACUCACGACUGCGAAUAGGCUGUCAGUGAUUGAAAUUAAGUGAAUUUUAAUGAUGCGCCGAGUGUGAAAGUGCCAAAAAGUGAAGGAGAAAACAACCGAGAGUGUUAUUCAGUAGCAAACACAUAGUCAUUCAACAACGAUUAAUGAGAUUGUGAAAAAGUACAAAAUGCAUGGGAUCCGUUGAAAAAAUUAAUGAAAAUCAACUCACUAAACCUAACCUCAAACUUUCCAGUGACCACAACAACACACAGUGAAGUUUAUCUAAUGUAGUGUGCAGCUUUAGCAAUUUUUGUGUUCUUUUCAUCACUGUGUUUAUCUCGCGGUUUGUUGGUGCAUGUAGUUUUUCGGCAUUCUGCCAAUCGUCAUCGGUGGCGCAUAGCUGGCGUCCGAAGUUUCGUCAUUGAUUCCCAAUACUCAUCAGUCGGAGGAAUAGGGGUCAAAGUCGAAGUUCGAACUAACCGGCAUUGCAGACGAGUGCACGCACAGCUACCCUCCCCGUUACAUAAUUUGGAAUUGAUUCAAUUGAAACUACUACCGCGCGGUAAACCAAAAAUUGCAGCAACAUGACCUCGUUCGGCGUCUGGGACUACGUGGUGGUUGUUGCCAUGCUGAUUAUAUCCUCCGCGAUUGGUAUUUACUACCGGUUCUCCGGUGGCAAGCAAAAAACCACAACGGAAUACCUACUAGCCGACCGAAAUAUGUCAAUAUGGCCCGUUUCGUUCAGCUUAAUGGCGAGCUUCAUGUCGGCCAUCACUCUACUGGGUGUUUCAAACGAGAACUACCAAUUCGGGACACAGUUCGUGGUGAUCAAUUUUUCCUAUGGCUUAGCAACCCCGAUUGCUGCAUACCUUUUCCUGCCAGUAUUCUUCAAACUUCAAGCCUGCAGUGCCUACGAGUAUUUAGAAAUCCGCUUCGGCAAGAAAACUCGACUGGCUGCUUCGCUUGCAUACACACUACAGAUGAUCCUGUACAUGGGAAUUGCAGUGUAUGCACCUGCGAUAGCGCUAGAAGCAGUUACUGGGCUUAGUCAAACCUACUCCAUCCUGGUGAUUGGAAUAGUUUGCACAUUCUACUCAACGAUCGGUGGAAUGAAGGCAGUUUUGUUUACCGAUGUUUUUCAAUCAAUUCUUAUGUUUGCCGCCAUCUAUGCCGUAAUCAUUUGCGCUGCAGUUAAAGCUGGAGGCCUUGGCCCAAUCUGGGAGGCGGCGGAACAGGGUGGUCGAUUGGAACUAUGGAACUUUAAUCCGGACCCUACAACGAGGCACACCUGGUGGUCACUGGUCAUCGGUGGCAUGUUCACCUAUCUAUCACUAUAUGCGGUCAAUCAGACACAAGUUCAAAGACUGCAAACCGUCAAAGAUCUCAAAUCAGCACAACGUGCUUUGUGGCUGAACUGGCCAAUCCUUUCACUACUUAGCCUUAGUACUUCCUUCAGUGGCCUUUGUCUCUACUACUACUACAGAACCUGCGACCCUCUGAAGCAAGGUCGAAUCAGUGUACGAGAUCAGACUAUGCCACUGUUCGUGGUGGACGCCAUGGGCGACAUGCCUGGACUACCAGGGCUGUUCGUGUCCGGCAUAUUCUCUGCUAGUUUAUCCACAGUUUCAGCUGCGCUGAACUCACUGGCAGCGGUCACCUUGGAAGACUACCUGAAACCAUUAUAUGCGAAGAUCAAGAAAAGACCUCUGCCAGACAUGCAGUCCAGUUAUCCUACAAAAAUAAUGGCCUUUAUCUACGGAGUUAUAUGUCUCGCAGUUGCCUUCCUUGCACAGUUUAUGGGUGGUGUGCUGCAAGCGUCAUUGACAAUUUUUGGAGUCGUUGGCGGACCGUUAUUUGCACUUUUUUCAAUAGGGAUGUUCACUAAGCGAGCUAACCAACGGGGUGCAAUCACGGGCCUUGCUGUUGGUUUGGCGUUUUCUCUCUGGAUCGGAUUCGGCCAACCCAGACCCCCACUAAAGAUGUUAGACUUUUCUGUGGAAGAUUGUGAGCAGUUUGGUGGAUACAACAGUACUACUCCAAUGGUGAUGGCACUGAGAGCAGAAAUGGCUGAUUCGGACUACUUUUACCUUUAUCGGCUGUCCUACCUCUGGUCUGUAGUGCUUGGCUACAUUGUUACUUUUGUGGUAGGCUACGUGAGCAGUUUGAUACUUCUCUGGUUGGGCUAUGGAGGAACAGAACGAAUUUAUCUCGACAGUACCAAAACGUGCAUCAAUGCGGACUUGUUUUCACCACCUAUAGCAAAACGCAUGCGACGAGCUCUCGCCAAACACAUAGAAAACGGAGGAGAUAUCGAAAUCACCAAAAGAAACGGAUUCAAAAAUUCAGAUUUGUGAUCAAAGUUCAUCAAAUUCCUCUGCCAAGGCUAGAUUCAGUAUCAUUAUUUGUCUGAUUCAAAGCUGCUACCUUGCACAAACUACUUAUUGGCGUUGUUUUUAUGAACAACUAAGCGCAUUUUACAGUACAUACGUCAGAAGUGAGAACCAUAUCGAAGUCUUCCAGGGAUGAUCGCUACGAUCAGCAACAAUACGGUUAGGAGAAACAAUUUACAGUAGAAGUUCAUAAGUAGAAUGUGCAAAAUCCUAAAUUUAUACAGGAAAAAAAUCAUAAUACAUUAAAAAUAUGUUUUAGACAUUUAAUUUAUUAUUCAUUCAACGAAUUUUGAACUGAUACAACAAAGAGAUGCUUACUAUCAUGUA